AUGUUCCAGUCUAUUCAGCAGGUGUUUGAGCGCAAUGUGGAGCUGUUGGGCAGUCAGAAGUCUACCAAAGAGAAGGCUCGGUCACUGAUUACCAAGAUAGUGAACUCACUCACUGCAUGCUCUGAAAUUGGUGGACCCAUGGCAGCCAUAUAUCUGCUCAAGCAUCCAGACCACUACAAGAGCCACAAAUUCCGCACAUGUUUCUGGAGAGGAUAUGUGUAUGAGGUGAUGCCACUGUCACCUGUGCAGGACUAUAUAUGGCGGCCCACUGAGUAUGAGCACAUGUCACUAUAUGACUGGGUCAGACUGGCAGACAAGCAGCGGAUCAAGCACCGUAAAAAGGGCCCCAAGAAAUCUGAAGAGGCUAUUAAUGAGCAUGCAGAUGUGGACUCGGAGUUGGAGGACAACUAUGAUAUCAGUGAUGCAGAAUUGAAGGGUGCUGGAGUCAAUGAAGAGGAAGAAGAAUCAGAGGAUGAACUCCUGCUUACAAAAACAUCAAACCAGAAGCUUGAAGCUGAUAGCGCACCUAAGCCAAAGAAAUCCAGGUCAAAAUAUGUGCAGUUCCAUGAGAAUCAUCCACAGUAUGACACCCAUCAUGUGAAGCUGCUGGAUGAGUCUGAGGCAUAUGUCCCCAACUUCAUUGGUGGUUCACUUCCCAGGAGAGAUGCAGGCAACCGUGAACAAUAUUGCAUGACCAUGCUCACACUCUUCAAGCCUUGGCGCACUGGGCAGGAUCUGAGACCAAGCCAGGAUGUGCUCUGGGAUGAUGUGUUCAAUGGCUAUUCAUUCACAGAGCGGCAGCUGGAGGUCAUGAAAUUCUUCCAUAUCAAAUAUGAGUGCAAUGAUGCCAGGGACGACUUUUCUGCAGCUCGCAAAAAGGGAGGAAAGACUGGUCCUUCACCAUUCAACAUGGAUAAUGCCACCCUGGAUGACCUGGACACUCAGUAUUAUAAUGAUGAUGGAGAACUCAACAUCAGCGAGAUUGAGGAGAUGGUGCUGCGGACCAAUGACUGGACAGAGCUGAGCAAUGCAGAAAUAAGCAGACACACACAGAUGCUGCAGGCCGAACAAAUCAUCCAGGCUUCAGGCUGGCUAGACCCCAUGAAACAGAAGAAUACCUCUGAACUGCCAUCAAAGUUCAACAGCAAGGAAGAUAUUGAGCUCCACAGACUGGAAGAAUGUGCUUGCUGCCAACCUGGGCAUCUCUGGCAUCCAGUAUCUCUUGGUGCGAGUACACUGCCAGUCAAUGAUGAAGUCAAUGAGGUCAAGGUCAUUGACAGGUCAUACUAUAUGAGCAAAGCAUUCAAGGCACAGGACCAGGAGGCUCAAAAUAUUGCAUGCACCCCCAGACUCACUGGAAUAAUGGCAGGACUGACAGGAAUAAUACUGGGGCUGAGUGUCUUCAGACACCUUCAGCACUUCACGCACAAGAGCAUAGAUGUCAGUACCCACUGGGCCAUUGGGAUAUGUGACUGGAUCCUGAGCAUGGAGAAUAUCCCUGAUUGA